AUGGGGAAACGAAGGUCCAAGACGGCGAAACAAAAGCAGGCGAAUGCCAAGAAAAAGAAUGGGAAGAAAACUUCUUUGGGGGGUGUCGCUGUGUCAAAGGGAAUGACAAGUAAAUUUCAACAACAAACAAAGUCGUCUGCUAUCCUUUCUGUCGAAGUGUCCAACAAGAAUAAUUAUGGCAAUGCUGCAAACGGAAAGAAAAUAACGGAAGCUUCAUUGAGGCAAAAGCUAAAGGCGAAAACCAAGAAGGUCUUUAUGCCAACUCCUGCUAAAACUGCUGGAGCUCUUCCCAGCACUGGUGGAGAGAAAAAGUCCUCAUUGAAAGGUGACGAACAAGCUGAAUUCAAACGUCAACUGGCCUCCUUGCAAGAGCGACAGAUGGCAGCUCAGAAAAAGAAACCGUCCAAAAAGGGCGGUGCUCUAUCGUUUGGUUUUCAAGAGGCCACCUUCUCUUUCCAGAAAACUCCCCAUCAAAUGCUACAGGAAACCACUCGGCGGAUGGAAACCAUGACGGGUGUGGGACAGCAAGGGAUUGGUUCUUUUUCGUCCACACCAAUACGGACAAAUCAGUCUUGGGCUGUCGCCAUCAAAGAACCAACGUCGCCAAUAGCGCAUAAGAAUCCAUUUGAUGCAUUGGGAGGAGACACCGAUGAUUGGGGUGAUGAAGACAACAAUCAAUGGAUGCAACAGCCCAAACAACAAAAACAAGAAGGACAAAAACAAGGCGCUGCGAGUCUAUUCUCCAUGGCGCCACCUACCUUUUCGUUGCUCCCAACAAUCACGCCCACACCAGCUACAUCGCCACACCCAAAUCGAUUCGGAGAAGAGGAGGAAGAAAUCGAUCCUGACUUGUAA